AUGGAUUUGCGCCGCAAUCUGAAUAUUCUGUUCGAUGAUUGGUGGCUUUGGGAGGUCGCUGGAGUACUACUCUCGGCAAGCUGCAUGGCUGCAGUUAUCGUUAUUUUGGCAUCUUUCAACGGCAAAGCCCUAGCCAAAUGGGACUUUCCAAUUCAGCCCAACUCGCUCGUAUCCGUUUUCAUGACAGUGGCAAAAUCGGCGCUCCUUCUUCCGGUCUCCCAAUGCAUAAACCAGGCUAAAUGGACCCAUUUCGAGCGAAAUCCGCACAGAUUGCUAAAACUUCAAUUCUUCGAUGACGCUAGUCGAGGCCCCUGGGGUGCUUUAAAGUUGAUAAUCGGUAUGAAGAGCAGCAACUGGAUCGCAUCAUGGGGCGCCCUCCUUACCAUAAUAGCCUUGGCUUCGGAUCCAUUCGCUCAACAAAUUAUCAAAUACCCAUCUCGUUCAGCCCCUUCCAAUUCCACCUCGGCUUCGUAUCGGGUAACACGAGCGUUCAACAGAACAGAAAAUUGGACCUUAAAAGAGGAAUUUAGUGGCAGCGUGGAGCCGGCAACACAAGCCGCCAUCUUUACCGGUAUCUACGCCUCUGGUGUAAAAUCAUCCCCGAACUGCCCGACAUCACUGUGCCAGUGGUAUGACCCAAUGAUCACAUUAGGAGUCUGUUCUUCUUGCCAUGACAUUUCCUUGUCUAGCACCAACGAAUGCUCUACCGCGAGAAGUACCCUCAGAGUAAAAAACGGCACUCUAUUCAACCAGUACCAUACGAAAUGUGUGCUUAAUAUGACCAGCGAGCACACAUUAAAUCCAAUACAAAUCCUAGAGGAGUUCAAGUGGACACGCAACUUCACAGAGGCUUCACAGGACAACAUACAGAGUUGUAGACUCUAUUGGUGUGCUUACCUAUAUAACAACAUGAGCAUCAUAAACAACACGAUUCAUAUACCAUCCUCGAAGACAUACGAGCUGCUGCUUAUCUACCCUAACCAAACAGAGGGUAGACAGUCGCAUCCCGGGGGGCUCUUCAACCUAACUUUCGCUAUCCCUUCUUCCGAGGUCGAUGCUUUUCCUGGAAAACUCCCUACAUUUGAUGUAGAUCCCAAUAUGCUUCCAGCGCUCUAUCGAAAAAACAAUUUUUCUCUAGUCAUGGAGGACAUGGUUCGAAGCUUGACUGAACAUAUUCGGACAAGCAGCCCUGGAGAGACCUGGAUCGAUGGUACGGCAUUUGCUCCUGAGACAUACAUCAAAGUACGAUGGGAAUGGCUCAGCCUCCCGCUCAUCACACUCACAAUGGCGAUCGCCUACCUUAUCGUCUCCAUGAAAGAAAGCAAAAAACACCGAACAAUCCUCUGGAAAUCUUCAACUCUGGCGCCGUUCUUCCAUGGUAUUCAAGGAUGGGAAAAAGAGAAUCUAAACCUCGGCUAUGUCACGCAGAUGAACGAAAUGGCGGAGACGAUGCGUGGCCAGUUACGCAAAGGCGACAAUGGAGAGUUGAAAUUUGUGCGUGCGGACAGCGAAUUCGAGCUCUUGCCUCUUAUAGAAAGAGAGGAGAAUGAGAUGAAGACAAAAAGGCGAGGCUUGAGGAUGUUCGGCCGUGGUUCGGAGGUGGAGUCGGCGGAGUGA